AUGAAACUGGCAUGUGCGUUAUUCUUCCUGCUUGCAGUUGCAAGUAAUUGUGGAUCCCAUUUUUUCACCUUCUGUUCUGUGGACAAUUCUAGUGUGUCUCAACAGACGCACAGAAUUCCCUAUCUCCAAAGGUUAAGUGAACUAAUUGCUCUCUCAUCGUACCGAGAGCUGAGUGACAAAAGGGCGGAAGAGAAAAAGAACUUAAGGAGAAAAAGGGAGGACAGCUACACGCCACACAUAGCAGAUGAUUCUAGUGUGAAUGAGGAGGAAGUUACAAUUGCCACCAUUAAUGGGGAAGAGAAGGUAAAGAAGACCGAGAAGGCCGAGGAAGACAUCGAAAGUGACUAUGUAGGUGUCCCAAAGGAGGAAGAUGAUUCCGGUAAAGGCAUCAGCCUAGAUGAGGAAGCAGGUUCCAUAGAUUAUGAACAUUCUAUGAAUGCUGAGGCAGCAGGUUCCAUAGAUUAUGAACAUUCUGUGAAUGCUGAGGCAGCAGAUUCCAUAGACUAUGAACAUUCUGUGAAUGCUGAGGCAGCAGAUUCCAUAGACUAUGAACAUUCUAUGAAUGCUGAAGCAGCAGGUUCCAUAGAUUAUGAACAUUCUGUGAAUGCUGAGGCAGCAGAUUCCAUAGACUAUGAACAUUCUAUGAAUGCUGAAGCAGCAGGUUCCAUAGAUUAUGAACAUUCUAUGAAUGCUGAGGCAGCAGGUUCCAUAGACUAUGAACAUUCUAUGAAUGCUGAAACAGCAGGUUCCAUAGAUUAUGAACAUUCUAUGAAUGCUGAGGCAGGCGCCUCUGAAGGAGAAGAACAUACACAUAAGAAGUUCGAUGGACAAUCCGAAGAUGCAUUUAUAAGGUUUUUCUCCCCCAAAUCAUGUAUUACCCUGCCAGGAGAGGAAGCAUCCGAAAAAUGUAAGGAUGUGCGAGGGGGAAAUAAUUCAGAAUAUGACAUUAAGGUAACGUACAACGAAAAAGAGGAACACAUCAAUCGUGGUGAGAACAAGUGCAUAAACCUUAACAUUAACGAUGGAUCCCCUCCAAGUAAAGAUGGGCCCUCAAACAUUUUUAUCAACCUUUCUUUGGUUCCCAACAUUCCGGAAGAAAUAAUAAACGACUUUUACUCCAUCAUCAAAAAGUUGAAGACCAUGUUUGAAAUUAUGGAACCUGAGGAAAGCAAUGCACAGACGGAGAUAAUAGGAAGUGCAUAA